AUGUUUGCUGAAGUAACUUCAAUGGCAGAUGUAGAUGGUGCCUACAGUGGUAUACUCGGUCUUGCAUAUCCGAAAUUAACUAGUAACACAAACGAAUUGCCAUUCGUCUACAAUUUGUGGAAACAAAAGAAAAUCUCACAGCCAGUCUUCUCCGUUUUUCUCAACACAAACCCUAAAAGUUCGUUGAGCAGUGAAUUGAUACUUGGAGGUAUCGAUACAACGCGAUACACUGGUUCAAUAACUGUUAUGAUUGGUCACACUGUUAUCCAUGACAGUAAGGGCACUCCGGCUGUGGCUGAUACAGGUACAACUUAUAUCUACGGCCCCAGUAAACAAGUUACAGCAUUUUACGCGGCUAUUAAUGCAGUUCAAUUCGAUAACGAAGGCGAUAUGGAUCAAGCUGAAAUUUUGAAAAAUGAAUAG